CUCCUCUUCUUCCCUCCACUCGCCUCCAAAUCUUCUCUCUCCUUUCCUCCUCUCUUCUCACCGCAUCACCUCUCCCUCCGGCGCGCGCGUCCGGGUACAGCGCUAGAGUCACUCACCACCAUGCAGGCGGCGGCGGCGGCGGCGAAUGGCGCGGGCGACGUGCAGAAGCCUCAGCAGCAGCCGCUGGUGGCGGGGGCGCCGCCCCCACCGCCGCCGGCGGCCGUGGUGCCGCCCCAUUGGGUCGCCAUGCCGUUCGCGCCGCCUCCCGGGGCCGCGGCCAUGGUGAUGCAGCCGCACCAUAUGGCGCCUCCGCCGCCGCAGUUCGCGCCGACUCACUUCGUGCCGUUCCACGCCGUCGCGCCGCCGCGGGCAGCAGCGGUCGCACUGGGUUCCCCGGCGCCGCAUCAGCCGGGGCAGGAGGAGAACAAGAGCGUCUGGGUCGGCGACCUCCAUUACUGGAUGGACGAGAACUACCUACACAGCUGCUUCGGCUACACCGGCGAGGUUGUGGCGAUCAAAGUUAUCCGCAACAAGCAGACUGGGCAGUCCGAAGGAUACGGGUUCGUCGAGUUCUACAGCCACGCUGCGGCUGAAAAAGUUCUCGAAGGGUUUUCUGGCCAUAUCAUGCCGAACACCGACCAGCCUUUCAGGCUAAACUGGGCAUCGUUUAGCAUGGGAGACAGGCGCUCGGAUUCUGCCUCGGACCAUUCCAUAUUCGUAGGCGACCUUGCCUCUGACGUCAAUGACGCCACGCUGCUGGAGGCCUUCUCCAGCAGGUACUCCUCUGUCAAAGGUGCCAAGGUUGUUAUCGAUGCUAACACUGGUAGAUCCAAGGGCUAUGGCUUCGUGAGGUUUGGAGAUGACAGCGAGAAGACACAGGCCAUGACUGAGAUGAACGGCGUGUAUUGCUCGUCUAGGCCCAUGAGAAUUGGCCCGGCAACUCCGAGGAAAUCAUCAGGUACUUCUGGAUCCAAUGGUUCAGCUGCUCGAUCAGACGGAGGAGAUUUGACAAACACAACGGUAUUUGUGGGUGGGCUCGACCCAAAUGUUAGCGAAGAGGACCUUAGGCAAACCUUCUCCCAGUACGGAGAGAUUUCUUCUGUAAAGAUUCCAAUUGGGAAACAGUGCGGCUUCGUGCAGUUUGCUCAGAGGAAGAACGCAGAGGACGCAUUGCAAGGAUUAAAUGGCAGCACUAUUGGCAAACAAAACGUGCGUCUUUCAUGGGGCCGCAACCCAGCAAACAAGCAGUUCAGAGGCGACAACGGCAACCAGUGGAACAACGGGGGCAUGUACUACGCGGCGCCCCCGUUCUACAACGGCUACGGUUACCCUGCGGCGGCCCCGUUCCCUGAUCCAGGCAUGUACGCUGCUCCAGCCUACGGUGCCUACCCGUUCUAUGGCAAUCAGCAGCAAGUGAGCUGACCUGGACUACCGCGACACGCACGCCUCGCUCGGAGCUGGAGACUGGAGGUGUUAGGCGCUUAGGUGUAGCUCUCGGUAGAAGAAGAAGAGGAAGAAGGUAGACGACGACGGUUUCUUAGGUGAGCUAGAUACCGUGACUAGUCUCGUAUAGUGCGAUUUGUUAUACGUGCUAUGGUCUAGCGCCGCCGACGACUGAGAGUCCGAGUGUCCGACACACCUAUUGACUGGCCACGGCAUGUCGAAUUGAACGACAAAAAGAAUUUCUGAUGUCCUGGAGCUGCAUGCAUGCUACCUUGAAGCAGAACAAUAAGCUAAUGGAAUCCUUUGGCCUCUGCUA